AUGAGGUCGGCCACUGCACUACGUGAGAUGCAUGUGGCUUUGGUUGGAAUGACAGGCUCUGGUAAAUCGGCUAUAGCCGUCAAAUAUAUAACGAAGCGGUUUAUUGGAGAGUAUGAUUCGAGCUUAGAGGACACCUAUUGUCGACAGGACACAGUAGGCGGUCAACCACUAAUGGUGUGGAUAAUGGAUACUGUAGACAAUUCAGCACGCGACGAGAUGCGGUGGAUGGCAUGGGCCGAUGUAUACCUCGUAGUAUAUGAUGUCACUAGUCAACUCAGCUUGCAAUAUGCAGAAAAUAUCCUUGAGAGGAUAUCGAAACAUGAGCAUCUGUUGUGUUCGAGAGAGCAUAAAACAAUUUUACUGGGAAAUAAAAGCGAUUUGGAGCGAUACAGGCAAGUUUCUGAAGCUGAAGGUGAAGCUAUGGCUAACAAGUACAAAAUACAUUUUGCCGAAUCGACAGCUGCUGGCGACCCCCGCCCUCUUUCACAGCUUCUUCAUACAACGUUCCAGAAUAUCUUAACUGGAACAAGAAGCCCAUCACCACGGUUGUGCUCAUCAGAUUCGGAAAUUGUCACUCCAAGGAAGUCUGCUUUUUCCGCACUUCGUGCAAACGGUCGCGUGCGUGCUAAACCAGCCAAACCAGUUCCAUUACACAAAGCGCCAAGUCUCAGCAAGAUUAAGACGGGUAGCAAACUGCUUAAAUUGUUUCACAAUUAA